AUGCGUCUCUUAGAUAGUGUCUCCGUCUACCAUCCUUACUAUCCUUACACGAAAGGGCACAACCCUAUGCUGGAAUUCCUAACGACCGACGGUGGUGCCCAAUAUUUGAUGGUAUAUUAUGCGUGCUGCAUUUUGGCGGACAACUGUAUGCAGGCCAAUGAAGGCAGAGUCUGCACAAACGCAAACGGCCCUUUCUUAUCUGCGACGCAAACGAUAGAUGGUCGUAUCGCCGUACCCGUAAACGAUAUCCUUCCGGCCGGAGAUUACUUCUUCGUAAUCCCUGACUCCGCGGCCGAGACUCCAUCCGCUCGUGGUGAGCACUAUGCUAUCAUCCCAACUUUCGAUGAUUGGAAACCCCCUCUAGAAAUACCUCUGCCCUGGCGGCAAGUAGAAGUUCCUUUGGAUCCGAACGACGUAACACCCUCUCACGCCCGAGACGCCGAACCGUGCGCCAUCUCCAACGUUUACAACGCGGUUGAAAAGGCUCACAUCAUCCCCAAGUCGGAAGGCAGAUGGGCCAAGCAGAACAAUAUCAGAAGAGAUGUCCGUGAUGCGGUUAUCGACGAAAGUAAAGGCCCAGAGAGUAGCGGAGGCUAUGAGAAUAUCCAUAAAUACCAGAACACGCUGAUCAAGAAGUUGCAAGGGGUACCUGCCAAGUUCUUAUUCAUCCGUUUCGCAUGGUCUAUAUAUAAUGAACAUAUCAUGACUAUUUUUGGAACGCAAUCAAAAUUUCUUGUGAAAUACCUGGUUUCGAUCGAAAAUGACCAGUACGAUUACCGCGUCGACACGUUAAGCACGCCAGAAAUUUGCAUAUCUCGUAGCGGCAGCUCGCGCCUUUAUUCGCCACGAUUCGCUCCGCCUGCCUCUUCGGGUAGAAAAAGGCCGCGAAUGGAUGAGCAAGAAGAUGAUGAAUACCUUGCGUUCGGUGAGAUGGAAGAAGACGGAUAUUUAUCUCCGUCGGAAAUGGCCUCGAGCAGCAUAUAUGAUUAUGACUGGUCCAGCGACGAAGCUUCCGAAUGCGAUGAUACCGAUGAUAUUUCUCCCCCGACCGAAGUGCGUCACGAGCUCGACGAGAGCGUUCCGAAGGACGAGUAA